GACGCUGUUAUCUCCACUUUGCAAUGAUUGCAAGUCGCCCUGUUGCCAUCUUUUUUGGUAAAAUGCAGCCAAACUUUUGAGCGUUUGAACCAAGUGGGUGACACUGUUUACUACUGAUUGCACUGCAUGUGCCAAACUUGCGUAAGUUACGUGACGUAAUUCGUGCUUUCUGGAAUUGAUAAGAGAAUCGUUAGAUAAACUGCCAAACGAUUCCAUGGAAUUGAAACACACUCCCAUCCCUACCUCUGAACAGCUGAUGUUGAGGUGUUUCUGCUACUUGAACUCUGAGGUGCUGUUCAUUGGUGAUUUCUGAGCAUAGUAACUGUAAUGAACUUCUCUGCAGCAGAGCUAACUCUUGGUCUUCAUUUCCUGGAGCAGUCCUCAGUUUCAUCACAGUGGUCGAUGUUCUUUGUGACUGCACAUGAAGGCUCAUUCAAAGUUAUUUACAUUUUCUGAAUUGACUGACCUUCAUGUCUAAAAAGCCUGCAAUGAAUUUACCACUCAUGUAAUGAACCUGCUGAGAGAACAGUCACGGACACGGCCCAUCUCACCCAAAGAGAUUGAACGCAUGGUGAACAUCAUUCACCAAAAGUUCAGUUCCAUCCAAAUGCAGCUCAAGCAGAGCACCUGUGAGGCCGUCAUGAUCCUGCGCUCCAGGUUCCUGGAUGCUAGACGAAAAAGGCGAAACUUUAGCAAACAGGCCACGGAAAUCCUGAAUGAAUAUUUUUAUUCACACCUGAGCAACCCGUACCCCAGUGAGGAGGCCAAAGAAGAGCUCGCUAAAAAGUGCAGUAUCACUGUUUCCCAGGGUGGGGGAAGCACCAUCACAGUGUCACAGGUUUCUAACUGGUUUGGUAACAAGAGGAUUCGGUAUAAAAAGAACAUUGGCAAGUUCCAAGAGGAGGCCAAUCUUUAUGCAGCAAAAACAGCAGUAACAGCAGCCCAAGCAGCAGCUGCUGCCGUCCACAGCGGUCAGGAAGACUCUCCUACCAUACCCAACUCAGGCUUCCAAAUGAAGGAUGAAGAUUUCCAGCUGGAUGCUGCUGACAGCAAAAACUCCCUGUUAAGCAGCAUGUUCUCUGGUUCUCCUGGUUCUUAUAACCUCCCAAACUCGGGAGACUUGUUCAUGAGCUUGCAGACUGUUAAUGGGGCCUCUUACCAGGUGGCUCAAGUUGGAGUCAAUGUGCAGUCCCAGGUGGAUACCGGACAAUAUGCUAUCAGUCAGACAGGAUACAAUGAUGGCCUCCACGUUAAUGGGGGCUGGCAUGGUGCCCCAAGGCCUUCUUCAGUGACCUCCCCUAAUGAGAGGCCAGCCAGUAUGCAUUCUGAUACCUCAACCUGACCUCUCAAACCUUAGCACAGUGUUAUCAUGGACCACAACAUUUAACUUCCCCAACUCAACCAACCAAAUCCAGCUGAAACAGGCGACGGGCUCUGCUAUGAUGAUGACCAGUUGGACAUUUCAGGACUGGUGUUCUCUGAUGGCAGGGGGACACAUUGAGACUACACUGUGUGAAUUCACAGACUACAAACACUGAUUUUUUAAAUUUGGGAUGAAGAACUGAAGUGAGAAGUGAACUCACUUUCCUUCCCUCUUCUGUGUCUAUUGGCAUUUUGUUUAACGCUCUGAGCUGCACUCACUGUAUGUACUGAUGGUUCAGCCAAUCAGGAUGUCAAGAUAAUUCUGCAAUAAAUAAGUGUUUAAUAGGAGCUAUGACGAGACUUUCUGAGUGAAAUACUUAAUUAUGAAAAAGAUGACAUGAUCACAUUAUCAUUUAAUUACAGUUGAAUUUUACACAAUUUUAUUGUGAUUCUUUAUCAAAACAAUCACAAUUUAUUUUCCUCUUCACUUAAGUUAAAUACUUGUAGUCUACCUCUUCUAAACUCGUCCACAUUUAUUUUCAUCAGGUCUUUUAUAUUGUUUAAUCCCAUGUGUAGAACCAAACCAACAAUGAAUGUUUCCUGAAACAUGUAUUGUGUGUGUAUCAAAGCCUGAUAUGUGUUAUCAUUAUCCUGUGCCAGCUUGUUUUCUUCCAAAAAUCUGUGUAAGAGUCACACUGUGUUAAAAUUAUGAGGGAACCAGGUGAGACUAAAAGACACUUGAGCUUCACAGGAACCAACCAAGGUUUGAUUAGUCUUGGGGCUUAAUUAAAAUUAGUGUCCAGCUGUUUUAUUCCAUUCCAUUUUUCAUGACAUAUACUUUUGAGAUGUUUUUUGAAGAUCUACAUCUUUUGUAGAAGUCAGUAUGUUGGAGCUGUAAGGGAGAGUGUUGAGAGAUAGGCUUACAUUGUUGGUUUUUAGGACUUUUUAUGUUUCUUUGUUGACAAUACUGAACAUACUGAAUCAUAUCAGCAUUGUAUUCAAUCUUCAAUGUGUUGCAGUUUAGUAAACAUGGCAGCAUUACCACAAAAUGACAAAAAGCCAAUGAAUGAUGGACAUGGACUUGUAGAGACACUUAGCGACUUUACAAAGUUAGUUUUGACAUAUUCUCAGAUCUCAAAGCAAUUUUGGGGUACAUUACUAAUAAACCAGAAAUAUUCAUAAAGACAAAACAAGAUAUGCCUUUAGAUACAGAAUGUUCAUUAUUACAUUUCAUCCAGGCUUUCAAAUGGGUGAAAGUGGCUGGUUUUAUCUCGUGGCCAUGUUUUGUGUCUGUGCUUUAUGUCAUUAGUAAAUCAGACUGCUGUAAAUACUGAGGGAUAUUUUGAAUGUUGCUAAGUUUUGUAUCUCUUUCAUAUCUGAACUAAAUAAUCACACGUGUAUAUUCAGACUCUCUUCUUCCAAUUAAUUUUUAUGGUAUAACAUUUUGAAGUAAAUAUUUGUGCCUGUGUUGAAGUAAAUAUAUUGUGUUCAUUUUUUUAUCCAUUCAUAUGGAGAACUUUAUAACCAGACAGAAUCCUCUGUGU